AAGUAAUUUCCUUGAAGAGUGGAAAAACCGGGGAUUCAAAGAAAGUAAGAAACUCCGUAACCUCUGCACCUACUGUCCAACUCUGCACUGCGAACUGGAUCUCCCUGGCUUGGUCCCCGAUCAGGUUUUGCAUUUGCAUCGUUGAGUGAUUUAUGAGACCGUAAGUAUGACUUUGCAGGUACAUUCUUGGUUUGGAGAAUGAAUUUCUUGAUGCGGUCUGGCCAUCAGGCACCAGUAGAACAGGUUCCUUCUGUUAAGGAACCUUUGGUGGACAGACAAUAUGUGUCAAGACCUAGUACCACUCUGGAGGGUCUCAUAGCCGAAUAUCCAUUCCCACAGUAUUCUAUCCCCGAAGAACGUAAUGGAGAGACCCAUGGAGUUGGGGGUGAAAAUGGAAGCUCUGCAGGUUCUUCUUCUAAGAAUGACUCUGUUGCCGUAGAUAACCACUCAGAUGUUUUGGAAGAAGAUGGAUGGAUUACUAUUCCAAAGAAUGAACUUCCAGAUGAUUGGAACAAUGCACCGGAUAUACAUUCAUUGCGUUCACUAGACCGCCCCUUUGUUUUCGCUGGUGAACAAGUACAUAUCCUGGCAUGCUUGUCAGCAUAUAAGCAGGAUACAGAAAUUAUUACUCCAUUUAAAGUUGCUGCUAUGAUGAGCAAAAAUAGUAGUGGACAAAGCCCUGAGAAACAAAACGGAGAAGUUAAAAAUGGGUGGAACUCAGUGUCGGGAGAGAAGAGGGCGAGUCCAGAUGGUCAAGUCGCUGAUGAGAAUUGUGAAAAUCCACCAAAAUUGAAGACAGAUCCACUGAAGGAUAUUUCUGCUAGUGAAUCUAUUCUUCGAAUGGAAGAUCACAGAAGACAAACGGAAAUGUUGCUGCAAAGAUUUAAGGACUCCCAUUUCUUUGUUAGAAUUGCUGAGUCUGGUGAGCUUCUUUGGUCAAAAAAAGAUGCUUCUAAAGGGUCUCCAGAAUCUCUUGGAAUUAGUGGUCAGAGGUCUGCAGGAAAUGGAAUUAAUGCAAUUAUUGACACAGGAAAAUUUGAUGCUAAUGUCUCUGGUGGAGUGGCUAGAAAUACUAUCCAGUGUUACUCUCUCUCUAGUGGAGAUAUAGUGGUGCUUUUACAAGUGAAUAUUGGUGUUAAUUAUUUGAGUGAACCCAUCAUUGAGAUUUUACAAUUUGAGAAAUUUGUGGAGAGAAAUAUGUCUUCUGAGAACCAGGAAAAUUUAGUCAGAGCAAAUGAUGAUCCAUGCAGAGAUUUGUUGAAGUGGUUGCUUCCUUUAGAUAAUACUCUUCCUCCUCCAGCUCGUUCUUUAUCCCCACCGCCUUUAAGUUCCAGCACAGUGAUUAGUGGUGCAUCUCAAAAGCCUACUUUAUCUGCCUCUUCUGGAUCUCAGCUCUUUUCUUUUGGCCAUUUUAGAAGUUACUCCAUGUCAUCACUGCCUCAAAAUACUCCUCCAUCCGCCACACCUGUGAAAGCCCAAAGCUCUAAACCAAGCUUUGAUCUCGAAGAUUGGGAUCACUAUUUAUCUCAGAAGUUUCUGAAGAAUCAAAGAACUGGGAGUGAAGGACUUUUAUCUUUUCGAGGUGUGUCACUGGAACGAGAAAGAUUUUCUGUUCGUUGUGGGUUGGAAGGCAUCUAUAUUCCAGGAAGAAGAUGGAGGAGGAAAAUUGAAAUAAUUCAACCAGUAGAAAUUCAUUCUUUUGCUGCUGACUGCAAUGCAGAGGACCUUAUUUGUGUUCGUAUAAAGAACAUUUCUCCUGCACAUGCACCAGAUAUUGUAGUUUAUAUAGAUGCCAUAUCAAUUGUCUUUGAGGAGGCUGCAAAAGGUGGAGCACCAUCAUCAUUACCAAUAGCAUGUAUUGAAGCUGGAAACGAGCACUCUCUGCCAAAUUUAGCUCUCAGGAAAGGUGAAGAGCAUUCUUUUAUUCUUAAACCAGCACCUUGUAUGUGGAAAACUCUCAAGGUUAAUGGUGAAAAAGGUUCUUGGUUGAAAAACUUGCACCUUCCCUCCAGUACUGUUGAAGGAAGGAGGAUUGCUUCAAGUGAGGAUCGAUAUGCAAUUAUGGUAUCUUGUCGGUGCAACUACACUGAGUCAAGAUUAUUUUUCAAGCAGCCAACUAGUUGGCGACCACGUAUUUCAAGGGAUAUUAUGAUCUCUGUUGCAUCUGAAAUGUCAGGAGAAUCGUCUGGAUCCAAUGGAAGAGUCUCUCAACUUCCAGUUCAGGUGUUAACUCUUCAGGCUUCAAAUUUGACGUCGGAUGACCUAACUUUGACAGUUCUUGCUCCAGCAUCAUUUACUUCACCUCCCACAGUGGGGUCAUUGAGUUCUUCACCAUCAUCGCCAUUGAGUCCGUUCAUUAAUGUUUCAGAGUUCCCUGGACAAGUAACUGGUGACAGAUAUGGCACGGCAAUGCAGAGGCUGAAUUCUGCCCCCCCAGCAAUAGAGAGUGAGAGACAAGCUGGUGAUAAUGAUGUUCGAUCUGCUUCUUUUGUUGAGCAGUCUACUCCUGUAUCUGAUGUCAUCAAUAGUGGUUUGGGUUGCACGCAUUUGUGGCUACAGAGUAGAAUUCCAUUGGGGUGUGUUCCUUCUAAAUCUACUGCUACCAUCAAACUUGAGCUGCUUCCAUUAACAGAUGGAAUAAUUACACUCGACACUUUGCAGAUUGAAGUUAAGGAGAAAGGUCUGACCUAUAUUCCAGAGCAUUCUCUAAAGAUAAAUGCUACUUCCAGCAUUUCCACAGGAAUUGUAUAGGAUGGACAUGUUAAACUUGCCACAUUUUCAACAUUUAUAUCGACCAUGGAGAACUGAAUUAUCAUCAUUUAGCCAAUGUGGUUGACGAACCCUGUCGUGGUGCUAGAAUUAUCACAUUGAUUUGUUUUCGAAAUAGUGUUGAAUCAUGUAUCAGCCAUGUUGUGCAGAUUGGCAUUUCUUAUGUUGUGCAGUAGUGGUGGAACUCUGCUUUUCACGGAUCCAUGUAUCUGGGUGAAUUAUAGUUAGUUGAUACUCAUGAACUACAGAGAAAUCAAACCCCAUGGGGGGGUCAGGUCCACUCUAAAAUAUGGGACGGUAGUGGAUUUGUGAUGUCUCCUUCUUUCUUUUCAUUUUUUUAAGAAAAAAAUAUCAAGUUCGGUUUGUUUAUUGUAUGAUAGAGUAAUACGAAUUUCUUACAUUUGAGGCUGUA